AUGGUGUCUCCGCCGCACGCGUUGGUGAUCCCGUACCCGGCGCAGGGCCACGUGAUCCCGCUGCUGGAGGUGGCGCACGCAUUGGCCGACAGGGGUUUCGCCGUCACCUUCGUAAACACUGAGUUCAACCACGCCCGCGUCGUCGCGGCCGGCGCCGGGCUGGAGGACGGUGGCCGGGUCCGGUUUGUGGCGGUGCCGGACGGCAUGGCCCCCGGGGAGGACCGGAACCAGCUGGUGAGGCUCACCAUGCUCAUGGAGGAGUUCAUGGCGCCGCGGGUGGAAGAGCUCGUCCGCACCAGCGGCGAGGGCGGUGGCGCGGGAGGCAAGAUCACGUGCAUGGUGACCGACUACAACGUCGGGUCGUGGGCGCUGCAAGUCGCGCGCAGGACCGGGAUCCGGUCGGCGGCCGUGUGGCCGGCGUCGACCGCCGUCCUGGCGACGCUGCUGGGCUUUAACAAGCUCAUCGAGGAUAAGAUCAUUGAUCCGGCAGACGGGUCUGCACUGGGUGACAAACCUUUUCAGCUGAGCCCCGACAUGCCUCUCAUGCACAGUGCCCACCUCUCAUGGAACUGCAUAGGUGACCACGACCAGCAGGCGGCCCUCUUCCGGUAUCUCGUCGAGGGCGUCCGCGCAAUCGAGCAGUGCGACUUCGUCAUCUGCAACUCCUUCAAAGAUGCAGAACCGGCGGCAUUCUCACUCUUCCCCAAUGUACUACCCGUCGGCCCGCUCCUCACCGGCGAGCGCAGCGGCAAGGCCGUCGGCCACUUCUGGAAGCCCGAGGAUGAGGAGUGCAUGUCCUGGCUUGACACGCAACCGGCGAGAUCCGUCGUGUACGUCGCAUUCGGCAGCUUCACAAUGUUCAACCGGCACCAAUUCGAGGAGCUCGCCCUGGGGCUCGAGCUCUCCGGCCAGGCAUUCUUGUGGGUGGUGCGCCCCGACAUUCUCCAAGGCGGCGCUGAGCACGACUACCCGGAGGGCUUCCUGGACCGCGUGUGUGGUGCCGGUGGCCGAGGCAAGCUGGUUACAUGGUCGCCCCAGCAACGCGUGCUAGCGCACCCGUCAGUGGCAUGCUUCGUGUCGCACUGCGGGUGGAACUCCACCAUGGAGGGCGUCCGUAAUGGCGUGCCAUUCCUUGCCUGGCCCUACUUCGCCGACCAGUUUGUGAACCAGCUCUACAUCUCUGAUAUCUGGAAGGUCGGCCUCAAGGCCAUCGCCGACGAGUCUGGGGUAAUAACGAAGGAGCACAUAGCCGACAGUGUGGAAGAGCUGAUGGGGAAUGCCGACAUGAGGGAGAGGGUGGAGGCCAUGAAGAAGGCGGCGCACGAGAGCAUUCAAGAAGGGGGAUCCUCACAUGGAAACUUUGAUACUUUUGCAGAGGGGAUGAAGAAAGCAUGA